CAUCAAACAUCGCGAUCUACUUUCGUUCUCCUUCCCCACGAGCGACAUUCCUUGACAAUCCUCGGUCCUGGUGUCAAGAUAGUCCAAAAUGUCUUCAAUCGCUAUGCGCCGCUUCACUGCUGGCCCUUCGGUCGCGAGGGCAUUGAGAACUCAAGCAAGAGCAUUUUCCUCUACCAGACCUGCUGCGCGCAUCAUCACACACGCGCCUCUUCGUGCCAAAGAAUCUUCUCCUUUCCUCGGCAACCAAUACCCGGUCAUCGACCAUGAGUACGAUGCGAUUGUUGUCGGAGCCGGUGGAGCUGGUCUUCGUGCCGCCUUCGGUCUUGCCGAAGCUGGUUUCAACACCGCCUGUAUCUCGAAACUUUUCCCGACAAGAUCCCACACGGUGGCUGCACAGGGUGGAAUCAAUGCUGCGUUAGGCAACAUGCACGAGGAUGACUGGAGAUGGCACAUGUACGACACAGUUAAGGGUUCGGAUUGGCUGGGAGACCAGGAUGCCAUCCAUUACAUGACGAGAGAGGCGCCGGCGUCCGUCAUUGAGUUGGAGAACUACGGUUGCCCAUUCUCUAGAACCGAGGACGGAAAGAUCUACCAGCGUGCGUUCGGUGGUCAAUCGCAAGACUUCGGAAAGGGUGGCCAGGCAUACAGAUGCUGCGCUGCCGCUGACAGAACCGGACACGCUCUUCUUCACACUCUUUACGGACAAUCUCUCCGCCACAACACAAACUAUUUUAUUGAGUACUUCGCCCUUGACCUGAUCAUGGAGGACGGCGAGUGCAAGGGUGUUCUUGCCUACAACCAGGAGGAUGGAACUCUUCACAGAUUCCGCGCACACAACACGGUUUUGGCCACUGGAGGUUACGGACGUGCCUACUUCUCUUGCACCUCUGCACACACUUGCACUGGUGACGGAAUGGCUAUGGUUGCUCGUGCUGGUCUCCCUAACCAGGAUCUGGAGUUCGUCCAGUUCCACCCAACUGGUAUCUACGGUGCCGGCUGCUUGAUCACUGAGGGUGCUCGUGGUGAGGGUGGUUACCUCCUUAACUCCGAGGGCGAGAGAUUUAUGGAGAGAUACGCACCAACUGCAAAGGAUCUUGCAUCCCGUGACGUUGUUUCCCGUUCCAUGACCAUGGAGAUCCGCGAGGGUCGUGGUGUUGGCCCAGACAAGGACCACAUCUACCUCCAGCUCAGCCAUCUUCCUGCUGAUGUUCUCCACGAGCGUCUCCCAGGUAUCUCUGAGACCGCAUCUAUCUUCUCUGGUGUUGAUGUCACCAAGCAGCCUAUCCCAGUUCUCCCUACCGUCCACUACAAUAUGGGUGGUAUCCCAACCAAGUACACUGGUGAGGUUCUUACCGUCGACGAGGCUGGCAAGGACAAGGUUGUUCCCGGUCUUUUCGCCUGUGGUGAAGCCGCCUGUGUGUCCGUCCACGGUGCCAACCGUCUCGGAGCCAACUCCCUUCUGGAUCUUAUCGUCUUCGGUCGUGCCGUUUCCCACACUGUCCGUGACAACUUCGAGCCCGGCAUGCCCCACAAGGAGAUCAGCGCUGAUGCUGGUGCCGACUCUAUUGCUUUCUUGGACAAGAUCCGUACUUCUGACGGACCAAGGAGCACCAACGAUAUCAGAACUUCUAUGCAGAAGGUUAUGCAGACUGAUGUCUCCGUGUUCCGUACUCAAGAGUCUUUGGAUGAGGGUGUUAAGAGAAUCAACGAGGUUGACCAGACAUUCCCAGAGGUCGGUAUUAAGGACCGCAGCAUGAUCUGGAACUCCGACUUGGUCGAGACCUUGGAGCUUAGGAACUUGUUGACCUGCGCCGUGCAAACCGCCGAGGCAGCAGCGAACAGGAAGGAGUCCCGUGGUGCCCACGCCCGCGAGGAUUACCCAGAGAGAGAUGACAAGAACUGGCAAAAGCACACGCUCACAUGGCAGAAGCCGCAAGGAAAGGUCGACCUUUCUUACCGUGCCGUUGUGAACCACACCCUAGAUGAGGAAGAGUGCAAGGCUGUCCCUCCUUUCAAGCGUGUCUACUAAACCUUCGUUCGAUGUUCUGGGGUUGGCAUGGAGGCCAAAUGAGUUUCAACUCGCAGUAUGUAGCAUAGGUGCUGGUUGGAGUGGGUUGCGUUGCAUUGUUUUUUGAUCGAGAUGUGAGAAGAAUGAUGGAUAGAGCAGUACUAGCCAUAAUUCUGUAAACUAAACAAAAAGAUUUAUUCCUGAUUAAAA